UCGCAUCAUCGCUAGCUCCGCAAAGUGGCGUCAAUUUUUGUUGUUCGAAUGGCAUUUACUCAAACAUUCCAAUACAGAUUUUUAAACAGCUAUUGUUGCUUCGUGCUAAGUUUAAAUGUGACCGUGUUUUAGUGCCGUUGCCAGACACUUGUUGAAACAUGGAAAACCCGCUCUGCCGUCUCUGCCUGACUCCGAAUUCCGGCCGGACUCCGCUCUUUGACAAGCUCACCAUGAAAGCGAAUGUGCUCCUGCUCCAGAAGGUGAUCGAGUGCACUUCCAUUCGGCUCACAGCGCAGGACGACUACCCGUCGUCGAUUUGCACCGAGUGCGAGCGGAAAUUAAACGAACUUUCAGCGUUCAAAAUCCAAUGCAUCGUGAACAACGAUUACUACCGGGAGAAGCAAGCGGAGCUGCGCAAAAGACAGCUGUCCUGUAGUCAGCAACCGACGGAAGUGGUCUGCCUGGAUGACGACGACGACGAAGAGGAGGAGGAGGACAGUGAAAAACAGAAGGCCCUCCAGCAACAGAAACAGGAACCGCUUUCGAAAAAGAUGAGGAUUGAGCAAGUUAUCAUCGAGGACGAUGACGAAGACGAAGGUGUCCAUUACGAGCAAAAUUCCACUGACCUACAAAACUACGAAAGCGAACCUACCGAUACCGAAGGGUUCAACUUCGAUGACUUCGAAUUGGUGGAAGGCCAAGAAGUGGAUCAGUCCUACGAACCCGAGGAAGAGAUGGACAACAAUGCCAUACUGAGUUCGAUUCUGCUGGAUGCGGAGGAAGACAACGACAGCGGAAAUGCUCUGCUCAUGGAGCAGGGCCACUACGAGAAGGUGUACCCCUACGAGUGCGAGUACUGCCGACACCGUUAUUCGUCGUUGACGAAGCUGGAGUCGCACGUGAAGACCCACUCGCAAAACCGGAUGAAGUGCUUCAUCUGUGGCAAAAUGGUCGUCGUUCAUCUGCUGCGGCACUUGCGAUCCCAACAUCCGGGGAUGUCGUUUCCCGAGCCGGUGCGGUGCUGGCAUACCAAGUGUUCCCAGCUGGAUGAGGUGUUUCUGAACGUGAAUCAACUGUUGGCCCAUAUGGACACGAAAAGGCGGAGACGGUAGGACGGAGGACGGGGUGGGUCGAGUCGAAUCAAGUGCCUUAUUGUAAGAUGAUUGCUGAAGACAGGGGAUAGUACUUAAGGGGGAAAUCAAAACUGAUGAGACUGUACAUAUUUGUGCUCA